AUGGCAGAUUCGAUUAGCAAUGAGAGCAGGUCUAUAUCCCGGGGACGUGAUUCAUUUCAAUCUUCGGGCAGAGGUGGAGCUGGUAACAUUCGACGCUCAUCCGUCUCAAGUGAUCCUCGUCCCGUCGAUGAUCUGACUGAUUCUGAUUCAACUCGUGGGCGGGAGCAGGCUGUACAUCCUGAUAGGAUGGUUUCUGUGGGUAGAGGUGGAGUGGGUAACAUGCGCACCCCUUCUCAGGAUGUCGGAAAAGACCACCCCCAGACCGUAACUAUCCUCAACGAGCACGCUGCGGUUCAGGCAGGAUAUGAACAGCAAGUCAAGAAGCACCACGCUGAAUCCAACCCAAUUUAUUCUUCUGGAAGAGGCGGUCUUGGCAACAUAUCAGGCUCCCGCUCUCGUUCUCAGUCUCGUGGACCAAUAGUUCAUUCCACGGGACGAGGCGGAGUAGGUAACAUUCAAUAUGGAGCUGCCUCUACCGUCGACAACAUGGACGAAGAGGAAAGAAAGAAGCAUCUUCAUGCUCAAGCGAUACACUCGACUGGCAGAGGCGGAACUGCAAACCUUACCAGUGUACACUCGCCUGACGUUGAACGUGUAGUCCAUCAUCACACUGAAUUUGAGUCCUCUGGACGGGGCGGGGCUGGCAACAUACGCUCCCGGUCCGUGUCGCGCGACCCAAGUGGACGGACACCUUCCCGCGAUCCCAAAGGGAAACACGGAAUUACUGCUCUGUGGAACAAGGUUUCCCACCCCUCGAGCCCCGGCUCUGGGGAUCCUGCGUCCCGGACUGAGUGA